AUGCCGGUUCCUCGGGCUCCUGCUCCGGGCAUCCUUGGGCCUCGGCCGGCGGGCCACCAGGCUCUCUUCGCCGCGCAGAACGCCGCUCCCUACAGCGGCUACGGUGCCCCCCCUCCGCCUGCGCCCGCCUACGGGUCCGCGCCUGCCUACGGCGCCACCGCCGCGUCGGCCUUCGGUGCAUCUCCCGCGCCGGCCUACGGAGGGUUUUACCCUCCUCAGGUGCCGCCGCCAUGGGACCCGACCCUGCUCGCCGCCCUGCACUCCGCCCCGUCACCGAGCUCCUAUGGUGGCGGUGGUGACUGGUACAUGGACUCGGGCGCCACCGCUCAUAUGACUGCUCAUCCCGGACGCCCGUACACGGAUGGUACUCCACCGAUGUGA